GAGAAGGUACGCGCGACCGCGGCUACGCGGCCGAGCGAGUCCUCGGGAUCGCCAGUCGGCCGUCGACCAUCGACGCGCACUGAUAUUGCAGGGAGGGAGGUUGCGCGUAACGAUCGCGCGAGUGAACCUCGCAUCGCCGCAAGUGCCGAUUCGAAGAGGGAAAGAGAGUGCCGACAAACUGGAUCUUUGUACACACGUUGUUGCUAUUAUGCGCGCGCCAUGCGGAGUAGAGUGUGAAUGUCGGCGACACUGAGGACGAUGAUGUUUCGCGAGUUGCUUGUGCUGGCAGUGGCAGCAUGCCUGGUCCAAGGAUGGAACGCCAAGCCGGAAAGCCAGAAGGCAGAAGCCAAGUGCGAACGGCUCAGCGUGUCUUUCUGCAGGGGACUGCGCUACAACUUGACGGCGAUGCCGAAUUUUAUGGGCCACACGGACCAAGUGCAGGCAGAACGAGGGCUAGCGACCUUCAUGCCGCUGGUCCACUACAACUGCUCGAGACAUCUCCGACUCUUCUUGUGCGCCGUCUUCGCUCCGGUCUGCUCGGAACAUGUGACUAUGCAAAUACCGGUCUGCAAGUCCCUCUGCCUUUCCGUAAGAAGGGAUUGCGAGCCCGCCUUAACCGUCCUCGCGCUUCCGUGGCCACAUAUGCUGGACUGCGACCGCUUCCUUAGUCAGGAUAAUGUACUCUGCGUAAAAUCGCCGGACGAGACAUUGGACGACAGCAGCCUACCGGUCCUGCCAAGCGUGCAACAGCAAUGGCCGAUUGUGCACCACGAGCAGCCGCUGCAGAUCUCCACGCAGGAGCAGCAGCAACAUCAUCAUCAGUGUCCGCCGCCUUUCGUGCAGAUUCCCGAAAUAAAAACGAUCUCUUGCGCACCACGCUGCGGCACCGACGCCUACUAUCGCGCGGAAGACAAGCGGUUCGCCGAGCGAUGGAUGACCGGUUGGGCAUGGCUGUGCUUCCUGUCGACUUCCUUCACUUUGCUGACCUUCUGGGUCGAGCCGUCCAGGUUUCGCUAUCCUGAGAGGCCGAUUGUUUUCUUGGCUCUCUGCUAUAAUCUCCUCUCCGUGGCAUACAUUGUCCGGGGUGUCGUGGGUGCUGAAAACCUCAGCUGUGCUAUCCAGAUCGAUGGGACAAGCUAUGUUCCGGUUCGUGAUGGGUUGAAGAGCGUCCCCUGUACAAUUUGGUGGCUGGUCAGGUACUACCUGGGACUAGCCAGCAGCACAUGGUGGGCGGUGCUUUGCGGUUGUUGGCUGCUGAGCGCCAGGAACGAGUGGAGCAGCGAAGCUCUUCACAACAUCGCGUCCUAUCUUCAUGCAGCCGCGUGGGUCCUUCCAGUACUCUUUACGGGAGGAAGCCUGUUGUCACGUAACGUGGUGGCGGACGAGCUGACCGGGCUGUGUCAAAUCUCUGACGAGUCGGCGCUUUGGCUGGAGGUGGUGCCGCAUGCCUCAUUGUUGUUGUUGGGCUGUGUGUUUGGCAGCAUUGCUGGCAGCGCACUGAUUCGCGUACGAAGAGCCGUGCGUUGCGCCGGUCGCAGCGCUACGAAGCUGGAACGCCUGAUGACUCGGCUGGGCAUCUUCGCGCUACUGUACGCGUUACCGGCAUUGGGUGGUCUCAUCUGCGUCCUGCACGAGUCAUCAGUAAGGCCACGAUGGCGGAAACUGGCGUUGCUAGCCGCGUUGGACUGCCGAGCUACCCAGAACUGCGCACCAGGCCCAGUCUAUCGGGCUGCCGGCCUUGAAGUAGCUCUCCUCAGGCUCUUCUUGUCUCUCGUAGUCGGUGUUACUUCCGGCAUGUGGGUCUGGUCCGGUAAAACCUGUCGAGCUUGGAGCAGGCUACUCGCUGCGCCCAGCAAGCCUGCCAGAAUGCAAAGCCCUUUCCAGGGCAUCAAACAAGACGCUAACGUCGCUUGAGCAAUUCAAGGUCGAACUACCGAUGUAAAACGAGAGUAAAGACCGCCAGUCUUGGAGAAGUUGUAAUAUAUGAAAAGCGAGUGCAUGUAGAGUAAUUAAAGAACGAGGACAUUAUCGGCAGUGUUUAGUUAUACAUGAUUUGGACAUGUUCAAAAUAUAAUAAAAUAUUUAUUUUACAAUUUACAAUUAUCUCGAUGCUCUACACGUGUAUUAACAGAGUUACAAUGAAAUUUGUUGUAUAUUUUUAUGAAAUUGCGUUUCUGCGAUUAUCAUCGAUGUUGAUUUGAUCAAUUUUACUGAUAGGAAGUUAUCAAAUGGCGAAAUUCUUUUUACGCUAAUUUUCAUAAGGCUGGCGAGUUUUAUUCUUAUUUCGUCGGUGAUUUAACUUACCCAAGCAACAAUACGAACAUUCGGGGAUGUAAAAUACAUAGCCGCAAAGGCGUUAGAGAUUUUACGUUAUUAAUAUCUCGAUAUUUCAUGGGUAAUCUUUAAGUAUCCUUUGAACCUCGUGUUGUUGGGGUGACUUGUGAGAGAUUAAUUUUAGAACCAUUGUGCAUUUGCUGCGUGGUUUAAUAUGUGAUUUUUUAUUUAUGAGUCAAAUCAUUUUAUAAGAAUACUUGUGAUGCGCGGGUCGGUAAACGCUGAGGAUGAUUGCUUCUGUAUAUAUACGCUGUACAUAUUGUAAAAAUGUGAUGUGCGUCUGAGGAAUUGCAGAGUAUAAAGAUUCUUAUAAAUCUGCAAUUAACAUACGAGUGCCGUGAUGAUCGCCAGUGACCAGCUGGCUACGAUACUAUUAUAUCUUGUUAAGGUGCGCAUAAAGAAUAUAAUUGUUUGCAUUUAAAACAUUGGUUGUACGAUCGAUGAAGUAAAUGAAAUGAGAUAAAAAAUAUAUAUAUAUGGACUUAAAGUUACAUUUUUUCAAGUCAUAAUUCAACCAUCAUUAGUUUAAUUUUUGUACAAUCAAUAAAAGAAAAUGCAAUAGUCAACGUGUUAAAAUCGAAUUAUGGCAUUAUUAUAAUAAUGACAGAAGUGUAUAUAUUUGCAUACAACUUUAAUAAAUACCAAUCAUUGUUUUUAUUUCUGAAUUGUACUUAAAUAUUGUUUAAGUAUAAAGGUGAUGAGGAGAAAUUAAGGACAUUGCUUAGACGAGAAUCAACCUUGUUUUUAUUUUAUUUUCCUUUAAAAUACAAGAAAGAAUAUACAAUAAAUAUAUGAGGCGAUUGUGUAAGAAUAAUAACACGUGUAUAUAUAUCUGUGAAAGAGAAUAAAUAUUUUAUUUUAAAAAUUAAAAAUAUAUAUCUAUAGCAAAAUUUAUUAAUAUAAACUUAUAUAGUUUUACAUAAUAUGCUAUUUUUAAUAUCGUAUUUAUGAUUAUACUUCAUUUUUUCUAUGUAAUUCUGAAAUGAAUAUAAGAAGAAUUAUAUAAAAAUAAAUUAAAAAUAUAAACAUUAA